AUGGGUAAAGAUAAAAAACGAAGCAGAGAAAGAGAUGAGAAUGACAAUUAUGGAAUUCGGGCCGAUUCUGAUAAAGAAAAUGAAACCGUCAAUCCUCAAGUAGAGAAUCCCGCGUUGAAAGAGCAAAAGUCUGUCUCGGACUCAGACAAGUUCGUUGACGAGCUUGCGCAGAUGCAGCCUGAGAAUGUGACUCAAGUAGUAGCUAAUACAGGGUCUACUGAGACAACUGAGUCUAAGAAAUUAGAUGACGAGGUAGAACUGCUUCUAGGAGAUGAUCCAGGAGCAAAGAAAAAAGAACAAGUGGGGCUGCACGAGAGUUUGGUGUCGCGUUGGUCAUCUUGGCUGACUGACGGGUUACCAAAAGAGGUUAAAGACAAGGUGUUAGAGAAAUAUCCGCGUAAGGGAAAUAUUUCUCUCGAGGCCCCAGAAUUAAAUGAAGAAAUUUCAGCUACACUGAACGAAACGGGCGUCAAGAGAGAUCAGCUAUUUACCCUAGAACAAAACCUAGCUGGUUCGGCCUUGUCAGCCUUGGGACAAGGCAUUACAAUGAUCAUCAGAGAUGAAGAAGAGCCUCUAGAUCGCCUAGAGUUGUUAGAAAUACUAGCGGAUGCAGGCAAACUCAUGGCACAAUUGCACUACCAGGUCUCUUCAGCUAGAAGAGCUUUUAUCUCUCCAAUAUUGACCAAGUCAAUGAAAAACUUGUUACAGGCGACCAAGCCUGGGUCUCUGUUGUUUGGAGAGAAGCUAACCGAGAAGAUUAAAACCGCAAAGUCUAUGGAGAAAAUUGGCAAAGAGAUCAAGGCGUCUCCUCUUCCUUCGUCCUCUAGUAAUAACAAAAAAGUAAGCAACCCAGCGCCGAGACGUACUUUAAACUAG